GAUUCGGGGGCGGAGAGCAAAGGCGGCGGACGUGCGUUGCAGGACCGACUCGGCAACGUUCGACUGGUGUCGCGGACCCCAUGGAGAUGGAGUAUCAUUCCUUUGAGAUCGAUCAUGUCUUGCCUCGGAAAGCCGCGGCCGGUAAGUCGGCAGACUCGUCGUCGUUGUGGUCGUUACGGAACAUCGCUGUCCCGCUCAACUACAUUUGCAUCGGCAUCAUCAUCACGUUCCCCAACGCAUUCAUCGAAUACUACCCGCGGCAGCUUGGUGCGUCGGACUCGCAACUGAGUACAAUUGGCGUCGUGCGCAACCUCCCUUGGACGUUCAAGGUGCUCUACGGAGUUCUCGCCGACGUGUUUCCGAUCGCCGGCCAUCGCUUCAAGCCGUACAUGGUCCUCGGAUACGCCAUCGCGUCGCUGUUUCACGUCGUCGUGGCGCGGUCCGCCGACGACAUGUCGGUCGUCACUUUCACCACGCUUCUCUUCUUCUCCAUGUUGGGCCUCAUCAUGGUCGACGUCAUGGCCGAUGCAUUGUUAACGUACAAAGCGAUGGCCGAGCCGGACGGGUCGCGCGGACAGAUUCAAGGCACGAUCUACAUGCUUCGAUUCCUCGCCGAAACAUUGGGGUACUGGACAGGAUCCGUCCUGUCCAACCGUGAUACGUGGGGGUGGGGACUCACGAUGGGGCAGUGCUUUGGCCUCUUGGCCGUUCUUCCCAUCGUCACAAUCAUGCCGUUCUUGUACUUUAUGGACGAGCCAGUCGUCGCGACGGUGCUUCCGUUUCGCGACCAGCUCCAUCUUCUGUGGAAGAUGCUGUGUCUCCGAGCGACGUGGCAGCCCCUCGCGUUCAUCGUGGUGUACCAUACGCUGCACACGUACAACGCAGCAUGGGGCAACUUUCUCCAAGUCCGGUAUGCCUUCAACGCGUUCGAGUACGGGUCGAUGGCGGCCGUGGGGUCGACCGUCGGGUUCUUGGGCGUUUACGCGUACAAGCGAUACCUUCUCAAAGGCGGCCACUGGCGCAGCGUGUAUGCGUUUGCCAGCGUCGUCAUUGCCAUCUUUUCCAUGGCCAACCUCGUGCUCGUGUUUCGCCUCAACGAGCCCAUCGGCUUCCCAGCGUACUGGUUUGCGCUUGGCGACGCGGCCAUCAUGAAGUUUGCGUACGGCGUCCAGUACCUUCCGUCCGCGAUCAUGUUCACCCGCGUGUGUCCGGAAGGCCAAGAAGCCGUCGCCUUUGCUCUCCUCACAGGAUUUUCCAAUCUUUCCGGUGGGUUUGCCAGCACCAUUUCGAACGCGUUGCUUGGAAUUUGGCCCGUCCAGCUCGAAGACAUGCAGGCAGGUGAUACGGCUGGGGUGUGGAAGCUCACUGUGCUGACGAGCGUCAUUCGGCUCGUCGCCCUUCCCUUCAUCCCAUACCUCUUGCCGAAUUCGAUCGAGGCACUCGAUGACCUGAAACAGCCGCAGUUGGCGUCUCGAGUCGGCGGUGCGUGUGCCAUCGCAGUCUACGCGUUGGGGUUUGCCUGGGUAGCCAUCGUUAGCUUCCUCGCGAUCAUGUCGCCAUGUCUCCAGAUCGUAGGGGGCCAUGGAUGCACGUAGUUUGUACGCGUUGUGAUGCACGAAAUUCAAUCGACUUGCGUAAUGUAUUCUUGGAGCGACUUGCGUCGGCAGAGGUAAAACGUCAUGGCAACGAGUGGCCGAGACUCGUGCACCAGCAGCGAGUGCGGUGGGUGACGUCUCGAUUGUGCAAGCCGUCCUGGGCCCUGCUCCGAUUCACGUGGGUGGCGCUGAUCGCAAUCUCGGCCUCUGCCCGGAGUGUAUUGCCGUUGC